AUGACCGCUUACUUUGGCCGCGCUACGAUGGCUGCCUUGACCGCCGGGCUGGCCUACAUGAUCUACUCCAACGCCACGUCCACGCCUACGGACGUCACCGACGACGCACAGACGACAACGACCACGCCGUCGAGCACGGUCGAGCAGCAACACGAUCACCUCGACACCGAUCUCGACGAGCCGCCACAGCUCGACGCCGCUACCAUCAUGGAGCUCCUUGAAGACACACAACAACGCCACGUGGACGCGAUGCAGGCGUCUCUGGACGCAUCCACCGCCACCGCAGCGACACUGCAGCGCCAACUCGACGCCUCCAGCGCCGCAACAGCAGCAGCCGAGACCACCAUCCGCGCUCUGCAGCACGAGCGGGAUACAAUGGCCGCCGACCAUCUUCGCGCAAUCGACGCGCUUCGAGCCGAGCACACGCGCCAGCUCGCUGCAACCCAAGCCUCUUUGGCCGAGUCCAACCAGCAGGUCGCGACUUUACGCGACCAACUCGACGCCUCGAUCGCUCUGCAGGCCACCACACAAGCAUCUCUCGAUCGGAUGAAGUCAUCCGAAAUUUGCAGCUGGAGCUCAACGCAGCGAACGUGA